UCUUCCCUUCUAUAUAAAACACUGCAUUUCUUCUCUUCCCUACGCUUGGCUCCAUAGCUCAGAGGAGGGAAAAGAGAAAAAAGAAAGGCGUUGCAGACAUUACGACCAUGUCCGGCAGAAGUAGCGCGAUCACGGAUGAAGAGAUCAAUGAGCUCGUCUCCAAGCUCCAGUCUCUGCUCCCGGAGUCGCGCCGGCGCAGGAGUGCAGGCAGAGCGUCUGCGUCGAAGCUGCUGAAGGAGACAUGCAGCUACAUCAAGAGCUUGCACCGGGAGGUGGAAGACCUGAGCGACCGCCUCUCCGACCUAAUGGCGACAAUGGACAGCAACAGCCCUCAGGCUGAGAUCAUUCGGAGCCUGCUCAGGCCCUAGAGAGAGUUUUAUAUUGAUGUUGUCCUCUCUCUCUCUCUCUCUCUCUCUCUCUCUCUCUCUCUCUCUCUAAUACUACAUCAGGAAGCCUGGUCAGUAGAUCUGAGGGUUAUCUAAGGUGCUCAAGAGUAUAUAAUAAAGGUGUAAACUAGUUUAACUAUGCUUGAUGAUUUUGCUGCUGUUUAAUAUAUUAGGCUUCUUAGCUUCUCGAUACAUUACUCGAUAUGCACAAUAAGAAAACCUAUAGAAACCUUCAUAAAAAUAUGAAACAAGACAAAGAAGAAAAAGAACACCUAGAGGAAUGCAUAGUAAACUUGCAAAACGCCAAUUCAUAGACUCUUCCCUCAAAAUGAAAGAAAGAAAGAAAGAA